UUUUUGGAAAAAGAAAGAUAAAACUCCUCCUUCAACAGAAAUCACAGCGAUAUAGCGAAGCAUCAAAAUGGAUCUCUGAAUCUGUAGCUGAGAAAGUCAGUGAUCCUUCAAUUACUCACAAUCUGCCUUAGCUUCUCCAUCUUCGUCUUGCUGCGAGGUGAGUUGGUGUUGAAGAUGUCUUCAGCUCAAGAUCCUUUUUAUAUUGUCAAGGAGGAAAUUCAAGAAUCUAUUGACAAGCUCUUGUCCACGUUUCAUCAAUGGGAGCAAACUUCUGCCGGAAGUAGUGAGCAAGUACAUCUUACCAAAGAACUUCUUGCUUCAUCUGAGAGCAUUGAGUGGCAGGUGGAUGAAUUGGACAAAACAAUUGAUGUUGCAGCAAGAGAUCCUUCUUGGUAUGGUAUUAAUGAUAUUGAGCUUGAUAAGAGAAGAAGAUGGACCAGCAAUGCCCGUGCUCAAGUGGGAAGCAUGAAGAAAGCUGUAGUAGCUGGAAAACAGUCAAAUGGGACAAGUACAUCUAAUCUGAGUGGGAUGCGGCGAGAACUGUUGAGAUUGCCAGAUUCUGAUCAGAAAGAGAGAUCCAAUGCAUACAAUGCCCGAGAUAAUGAUGACUUCAUAUCAUCAGAAUCAGAUAGACAAUUACUUCUUAUGAGGCAACAGGAUGAAGAACUAGACGAGCUUAGUGCCAGUGUAGUCAGAAUUGGAGAUGUUGGGCUCACCAUACAUGAUGAACUUCUUGCACAUGAGAAGAUCUUAAGUGAGUUGGACACGGAGAUGGACAGUACAUCCAAUCGUCUGGAUUUCGUUCAGAAAAAGAUUGGCAUGGUAAUGAAGAAGGCGAGCGUCAAGGGACAGAUGAUGAUGAUUUGUUUUCUGAUAGUUUUAUUUAUUGUUCUUUUCGUUCUGGUUUUCUUGACCUAGUUAGCAUAAUUUGUUUUCUUAUAAUUUUGUUCAAUUCAUUCUGGUUUUGUCUACCCAGUUUAUUAUGUACGUAUUGUUAUGGAAGAAACUGGCAUGUAUACAGCAUACAUAAAUGAAUUGGAAAUCUUGGCAUUGACACUA